AGGUCACAGUGAAGCGCUCUCCUAAAAAGUAAGCGAAGAAGAAGCUAGGGUCCCUCUGAAGGAGGAACCAUCUGUCAAUGGGAUGAACGAAGGGCACUUGAUAAAGACACUAAAACGAAAAAAAAGAGAAAAAUGGAAAUCGAGGAUCACUCAUACGCGGGUACUACUUACGAUAAAGUCAACCCCGUAGAGUUCACAUAUAAAAUGAGUGCAAACGAAAUUGAAGAAUUUGUAAAGCUGAGGGUCUCAAACCAUUAUCUCUUCUCUGGAAGGAGAAAUACUUCCAUGUGGGCAUGGAGGGCCAUUCUAAAACAUAUGGGCUUGCAACACAAGAUGACCCAUAGUCAAGCAUCCAAAAAGUGGGAAAACCUGAAGAAGAGAUACAAGGACCUAAAGAACCCUCCAGAUGGGGUGAAAGUGUUCCCUGAAACGUGGCCUUAUUUCACUCUGAUCGAGGACGCCAUGGAGGGUCGACUGGAAAGCAGUGCCCCCGUCCUCAAAACCCUCCCCACCAACAGCGAUUUCUUACCCAUCUACAAACCCAAGAAAAGGAAGGCAUCCAUGGUGAUAAACUCCCCUGUGACUUUGUUAGGAGGCGGGCCAGAGGUCGAGGUGUCCCUGAACGGAGGUGAGGAUGAGGAGGCGGUACAGGACGAGGGAAGCCAGGGAAUGGAUCAUAUGGACAACGAAAGACAGGUGAUGGAGAGGGAGAAACGGGUGCUAGAGAGGGAGCGGCUGGUACUGCAGAGGGAGAGAGCUGUGCUGGACAGGGAAGUCGCCGCUCUGGACCGAGACCGAGCCUCGCUCGAGAGAGAGAGGGCGACAAUAGAGAGAGAAAAGGCAGUGAUGGAGCGGGAGAGGGCGAUGGUGGAGAGGGACAGAGACGCUGUGAGCACGGAUCGACUGGCUCUGGAGCAAGAGAAAGCCAGGCUGGAGAAAGUUAAUGAAAGGACUGAGGAGGUUUCAGAAGAGAGCAGCAUGGUAAACAACGCCGAUGUCUUGGACAGGAAGGAGAGAUUCCUCAACUUGUUAGAAAAACUUAUUGAACAUUUUUGAUUCAUGUGGUAUUUCUGCACAAAACCUUGCCAGAAAAAACUUUCUGAAAAGUUCUGACCAUGGUUGCGUCUGCAUAUCAUUUAAAAUGCACAACAUGCUUCACCUAAGUUGUCAAUGAAAACGUUGAGCCACUCCUGGUUUGGAGAGGUCUUCAAAACAAC